AAGAGCGCUCCACGGCAAAAUUUCCCGCUCUGGGUGGGUGUAUUUUGGGUGCAGGCUCUGUAAGCUGCACAAGGGAAGCGGUGACGCUGUAACAAACCCCAUUCGUCAUUGUCCCAAUUUGACCCAACCGGGACUCACAAAGCAGACGAGACCGCGAAUGUGAGAUCGUCUGCCGCUACCUGGCGCGAGCGUACUGUAUAGCAGACGACCAGUCAGAGUGUACACUUGAGCUUGGCACGGGAUUACGUUCAGUUGGAUUUGCGAGUGGGGUGACUUGAGAAUCUUUCACUGGAGUACCGGUACCGACUUCAGUCAACAUGGGGGAAAAGGAAGAAAUCGUGAUGACGGCGAUGAAAAAGAAUGGCCGCGCCAUGAUGAGGCUUGAGAGGAUGAAGAAGGAAGACAUCAACUUUAACAACAUCCACCACAUCGCCGGAGGGCCCUACAAGGGCAUACUCGUCAGUAAGACAGCUGAGGAACUGGAGUCCGUCCAGCCGAGUGAGGGAGGGUAGAGUUUAUGGCGUACCUGUUCGUCAAGAAUGAGGGUCACAGAGAGCCGGUUCAGGAUUUGUGGACGCUGCAGUUCUGGUUCCGGGGAUCGGCUGAUGGGGUGCAGAAAAAGAAGACAUUCACAGACUACUUCCAGGAACUUGUGGCACCUGGGACUCUGUCUAAAAAUUACAUUGGUUUCGUUAAGCGUGCCUUAGUGUUGUUGAAGAAUUACCGACUGAUCAAACGUGUGGAGCUUGAGGUCAAGCAGAACGUAGAGUCAGAACCAGAUGAAGACAUCCCACCAGUUCAGAGUUUCACCUCUGUGUUCACACCGAGCACCUAUGCUUACCAGUUUGUACCGGAAGUCCAAGUUAACAACAAGAACUUCAUCACAUUCAAGAUCAAGGCCGCGGGAGACGCGUUCCUCGCGUUGUCGGCUGUGUACGGCGACGUGGACAGAAAGACGCACGAGAUCGUCUUGGGGGCAGAAAACAACACUAAAUCCUACAUCCGGGACGGCUCCAUGGGCGCCAUCAAAGCGGAGGCAACCACAAUAGGCCUGCUCAGUGAAGACGACUUCCGGUUCUUUUGGGUCAGUUGGAAGGAUCACAUGAUCGAAGUCGGCAGGGGAGCUUACUAUGGGAAAAAUACCUUCUUGAAAUACAAACUUCCGGUGUACAAACAGUUCAACAUAAAUUGCAUGGCCUUGUCGACUGGGCGAGCUUCGAAGGGCCAGUGGGAGUUUGCAGAAAUAUUAGACGAGUUGCCGCAAUGGAGAACCUACUCAGGAAACUACGACAAGGAACGCGCCAGGAAGAGGGAGAAGAUCCGGAUGAGCCUGCUGUGGUUGGCAAAGAAACAGCGCAUGCUCAGUUGUCUGGAGGAUGCUUACCCCAACCCUGUGCCUGUGACGGAACUACUUCAGAAGUGUAAGAUCAAGUCCUCGGACUGCAUUGCCGCCGUCGUGAUGCUGAAUGAGAUGCGGAAGAAGGGGUUGAUACAGGAGGUGGAGAAGGAGAUCUGGAUGCGGGUACAGUCCGGCGAGCUGAACGCCAAACACGAAAUCAAGUUGGUGAAGGAGAUGCCGACGUUGACGGGGAAGGAGCAGCCGACAAUUGGCAUCAUCACGGGCCUGUUCUGUGAGAAGCUUGCCGUGGACGCCAUGAUGGAGGACAAAACAACAUAUGUCAAGUUCAAGACUGAAGGCAGACAUCAUUUACCAACUGGGGAGUCCCAGGUGUACACGUGUGGGCGCAUCGGGAAGUUCGUCGUGGUGUCCACCAAGCUGUCGAGGUUGCAGGGCGGACAAGGUGCUAUGAUUGCAGCAGAGAACACGGUCACAAGGCUGUUAGGAACAUUUAGCAGAAUUGAUCACGUGUUCAUUGUGGGCUGUGGUGGCGCCGUUCCCCACUACACCGACUACACCAAACACGUCCGUCUCGGGGAUGUGGUCGUGUCGAUGCCGGUCGACAGCAGUGGAGCUAUGUACGUGUAUUGUCAGAAGGUGGAGAGGCUCCAGGGAUCACACGGCUAUAGCUAUAUGACCCGUGCAUGGGAUUCGCGAGACCAGACUCUUCAAAGCGCUGUCAAAGACUUACGCAGAACCACUGAAAUGAGAUCCCAUGAGCCGAAACCCUGGGAAUUGUAUGUUGAAGAGGGGAAAACUAAACUCAAAGGAGAAGAAUCCAACUUCCAUAGGCCAAACAUUACGACAGAUAAGCUGUACGCCACGAAACGGGACGGCACUGUUCUUCAGUACGAGCAUCCGCGCCCACGGAGCAUGUACGGAAGUGCGUAUCGGGAAGGGCAGAUGAACAUCCGGUAUGGCGUCAUCGGUUCGGGCAAGAUCGUGGCGAGGGCUGAAGACCUUAGGCAGGAUUUCUCCCAAAUGAACAAUGUAAAGGCAUUUGAUGCAGAGUAUGACUCCGUGUUGGAGUCCCUUGAAGGUAAUCGCUGUAACAGCUUCCUCGUCGUCAGGGGUAUGUGCGACUAUAUCGACGGUCAAAAGAAGGAAUGGCAGCCAUACGCGUCACUAACAGCGGCAGCGUACAUGAAAGCUGUGAUUAUGAACUUGUAAGCACGCCAGUGAUAAACUACCAAACUAAAAAUGCGAAGUCCUUCCCUUGACCUAAUCAUUCCACCCUGUCCAAAAUAUGUCAAAACGAUAUACUGUUUCAGUUUGACUUAAAUGUCAUAUUUUACAGUUACUAGAAAGAUAAGUGUGAUGACACUAUGGUUUUUCACAUUUUUGCAUAGAAUAUGUUACAGAAUUGAUACUAAAUGAUGUGGUUUACAUGAGUUGAAAUCAAAUUACAUCAGCUUAUAUUCGUACAUUUUUAAGUAAACGUCUUUUGGCAUUUUCUUUCUGUCUACACUUGGUGUUAGGAUUGUGUACAUGUCAGGUUUAUGCCUACAACGUCAGUGCUACAGGUGUUACAAAGUUAUUUGUUUCUUAUAAGAAUAAAAGUUUUGAGGUUUCCAUUCGUUUUACUUUUAUGAAAAUAUGUUUUAUAUUAGCCAUAUUUAAUGCUUUUAGUUGAUACUUCUUUGUCGCCAUACGCCCAUUGUGUUUUUGUAGGCCAUAUAUUGGUAGACUAUAUAAAUUCCCCUUUAUACCUUUGUUAGUGUUUGCUAGAUUCUCUUCUGGCUGUUUAUGGAACAACUCAUUAUAUUUACUCAUUUCGUCCCCGUGCAUUGAAUUUAGAACAUCUUUCAGCUUGUGCAAUAAUGAACGUUAUAAAUUAAUCUGUAAUACAAAUUAUUGAAAUAAACUGUAUAUAUUUUCCGAUAUGAAAUGGUGUAAAUAUUUUAAUUACAUUCUGGUAAUUUUGUCAUGAUGUAUGAAUUCCUUGCCAUGUGUUUAGUGCUGUCUGGAAAAACAUACAUGAGGUGGUCAUAUGUUCUUUCUUCUUGUGAUCGUUAAACUUUUCAAAAGCCACCUAACCUAAGAUGGUGCUUACUUAUAUCACAAAUUGUUUUCAUGGUGAUGUUCUCAUUGUCUAACAUCGAUUUUCUUGUGUCAGUAAAUAUUAUACCUCCUUUGAUUGUGCAUGCAUAUUAAGUAUUGUACUUACUACAAGUGCAUUCCACAUACUAUGUAAGGUCAGUGGUCAUGAACUGGGCACAAAAUGGCCUUUCACUUGAUUUUCUUGGUGCUUUUAAGAGACUUGACGAGUCAGUUGAGUUGUACAAUAAUAAAGUAUAUUCCCACCCUAA